UUUGAGUUUGGAUUUGGAAUACAUUAAAUUAAUCAUUAGUGCACAUAUUUAAUGCUAAUUUACAUUAAGCAUUAAUUAAAACAAUUGAAGUUCAUUUGUGAAGUGAUCUAAUAACAGAAAGGUGUCCACAGUGGCUUCAUUCACUCUGCAACCGGCAAAUAGGAGGCCAUACAAUGCUCUACCCAUUUUCAUAGAAGAGCUAGAUCAAGCAACAUUUCAAAAUUAAUAGAAGUGAUCAAGUUUAAACUCGAAGAAAAUUAAUGAAGAUCUCAAAAUGGACGGCACAUACGACGAAAUCAUCUCCGAUAAUCCGUUCUUUGUUGAACUGAAAAACGAAUAUGCAAACUUGUUUCAACACUGUAUAACACAGUCAUGGAUUAUAUGCGUUCCUAGAAUAGGAAGUUUGAACACUCGUGUAUUCACAGUAGAGGACUUCUGUGCUCAUAUUUUAGUUCCAAGUGAAGAACUUCCUGAAACGCACUAUACAACUCUGAAAGAGAAACAAGUGACUGUCACCAACAAGGUCAUCACACUAGAAGUGACCAAAGCUCUUCCUUUACAGAGCCACAUAUUGUUUGAAGAAACAUUCUACACAGAAGACUUCUUUAAAUACAAGGUUUGGUGUAUAGAAAGCCCACUAGAACCCACUACAGCAAGUGAUGACAAUGCAAUUGCUAAGGAAUAUUUAACAUCAAUAAAUAACUGCAUUGAUUUACUGUGGACUCAAGCCGCAGGUCGGCAAGUGUUAGACCAAAUAGAACAGAAUGUACAGCAAUUCAUAAAGAAACAUCCAACUUUGCCUGUAGCUAUUGCACCUCUUCGAGAUUUGGUGAGUGAACUAUACACCCAGUGCCUGCAAACUGUACUACAAAAUCGUAGGAUUAGAGAAAAAUCCAAAUCAUGUAAGCAGAUACUAGAGAAUGUCAAACUCGCUGUUGAAUGCUACAUGCAACAUCUGUUAUUCAACCAUUUGUUCAAACCUAUUUGUACAUGUUGUGCUUAUGAAGACUCACAUCUUAAUAAGAAAAUAAGAAAUAUGAGUGACAUACAACUCAGGGAUUUAGACAUAAAAAAAGACCUGUACCCUGCUGUACCAAAAGCUAAACAGAUUCUUUCAAAAAUUGACUCUUAUAAUACUGUGUUGGAAAAGAUUUUGUGUGUUAAACAGGCACUCAAUGCGAUCAACAAGAAAGAUAGUAGUAACAAUGUUGUUCUUCUGACUGCAGAUGACAUGUUACCGGUGUUUGUAUUUCUGGUUAUAAAAUCAGGUUUGCCAAACUGGUAUAGUCAGCUAAUGUAUAUGAAAGAAUUCCGGUUUAGCGGUAUUGGCAAAGGGGGUGGUGAUGAGGGUGCCUUCCUAAUAACCACUUUAGAAGCUGUAAUAGAGCACAUUCAGUCAGGAGCCUUAGGAGGCUUACCGGAUCCUGAAGCCUAUUACUAUGAAAGCAAUCUAACAGAGGAUAACCUUAAGGAUGGGAAGCCUAGAAGAGGAAGCUUAACUGAAUCAAUUUCAACAUCUGAUACUAAUGGUGGGGAUGAAACAUUAGAAUACAUAUUUGAGCUCAUCAAAAUGAAUCAUGCUGAUCAAAUAAGAGUCAUAUUGGAAAGGAAUGAGAAAAAUCUACAAAAGCUGCAAAGGAAUGAAAACAGUGUUUUUAACAAAAUGUUAGAGACUGACUUUAGCAGUGAGGAGGACAGUGAUGCUGACAAUGAAAUUGAUGAAACACAAGUUUACCAAAAACUUUGUCACCCAUUAUGCAGUUGCAAGAAGUGUUGCCACAAAUUAUCUAAAAGGUUGUUGAAAUCUUCACCUACUGUUACAUCUAGAGAUAGCCAUGGCCUGACACCUUUACAUGUAGCCUGCAUUCAUGGAAAGGCAGCAGUGGUGGAGCUAUUAAUUGAAAUGAACUCAGAGGUUAAUGCUACAGAUCUCAAUGAAUGUACGCCACUUCACUAUGCUGCAUCUAGAGGACACCAGAAUGCUUUGCUGUUGCUGGUUCAUUCAGGUGCCAAUGUGAAUCAAGCUAAUAUAGACAAAAAUACGCCACUGCAUUUAGCUGUUAAUAAUGGCCACAUAAAUUGUGUGAAAGCUUUAAUAUACUUUUCUGAACACAACAGGAAGAAAAUUAAUGUAAACUGUGCUAGUCAAAAUGGCAACACACCUUUGCAUCUUGCAUCAAAGUGGGGUUAUGAAGGCAUAGCUAAGCUUCUCAUAGAAAACGGUGCCGAGCCAUCCUUGCAAAAUCGCUAUAACAAAACAGCCUUUGAUUAUGCACAUAACCUGAGAAUACUUAAAGUUUUAAAAACUUGUACUCCUAACUUGUAUGAAUACAUACACAUAACCAGCCCCAACAUAAAACCACUGGAAUGUAAACCUGACCAAGAGUUAAAUAAGAAAUUAACUACUGUGAAUAAUAAUAUUAAUAAUCAAUCAGAUCAUGCAUCAAAGACGGUUCAAAAUUUGAAAACUCUUGAGAAAAUAUCAAAAGCCAUUUCAUAUGCUGAUGUAAAGCUGGCUUGUUUCUACAUGAAUAUCAACUAUGAGGAUUAUACAGACAACAAUAGUAAUGUUGGUAUCAGCAGCACCAAUGCAACAUUCUGCCAUCCGCUAUGCGAGUGUGAAAACUGUAAAACCAAGACUUCACCAGCAAAAACCUUGUAUGACGUCAAUUUUGCAGACUCAAAUGGAUUUACAGCGCUCCAUCAUGCUGCUCGCUGUGGAUUAGACGAACUUUGCAACAUAUUGAUCCUGAACAAUGCCAAUCUAAACUGUGCCAAUAAGAAAGGUCAGACACCUCUACACUUAGCUGCUUUAAACAAUAAGAUCAUAGUGAUCCGUACACUCCUAAAUAACGGCGCGAACGUGAAUGCAACCGAUUGGGCUGGCAACACGCCGUUGCAUGAUGCUAGCCACCAGGGGAACAUUGGUGCUGUCAAAGUUCUCAUCAGCUUUAAUCCUGAUGUAUCAAUAUGCAACAGUUCUGAGAAAACUGCCUUGGACACUGCCAAAGAGAAAGUCUAUCUUACUAUUAUUGAUUUGAUUGAGAAGUAUGCUAAAACUUAAAGACUUGAAUAACUCUUAAGGGGCCCACAGAUUACCAGUUAAUUGCAAAAGGUGAGUUCCGAAUAACUGACAGGUUGAUAUCGUCCGGCGAACUGGUAAUCUGUAGAAGUAAUUUACUAUUAACUUCCUAAUAUGUAUGUAUUUAAUAUAAGAAAAAUCCGCACUACUAUUUAAAAUAUCUUAAAUUACAUGACAUUGUAUGAAAGAAAUUGUAAUUAUCAAUUUAAAAUAAUGUUGGCCAUGAUUAUUUUUUAUUCUAUAUUUGCUUUAUGAUUUUAUUUUGAUUCAAAAUAUUUACCCUGCAUUGCUUGCACAAAUGGGUUUUAUGUGCCAUUACCAUGGCCAGUUUCUUGCCAUUUUAUUUCUGUAAGACUGAAUUUACUUAUUACUACUAAGAGUAAAAAAUUGUUUUUGUCUCUAUACUAAUGAUACGAAUUUUUCUAGAGUUAGACCAAGAAAAGUCUGUAGCGAUUUUGACAGCCCAAGCAGUGCAUAUGUUAUUUAUACGUCAAUUUCAUAGAAGUUGACAUUUAAAAUAACGCACUGCGUGGGCUUUCAAAAUCUCUGCAGGCUUACCUUGGUCUAACUCUACUAGAUGACUGACAAUAAUCUACGUCAUGUUUUUAGGAUAGGUAGAUGUAAUUUAGAAAUAAGACAAAUCAGCUUAUAAAAAUUCUUGUUAGCUAUAUUUAAUUUGAAACUUCAUGUUAUAAACAUACAAACAUUGAACUUAUUUAUAUCCAUUUUUACACGCAUGUGUAAAAUUUACAUUCAUUCUGUGCCACUUAUAAAACCAAUGUCAGUUAAAAAAAUCUCAUGAAUUAUUGAACUGAAUGUCGAAUAUACAAAAAACAAAUUAUUAAUUUACCUAGGCCUAUUAUAUGCAUUAUAUUAUAGAAUUCAUUAUCUUGUGGCUGAUGUUAAUAAGUUAAAAACAAUAACGUAAGGAUUAAAUUAAAAAAAAAAACCCUUAGAAAACGAAUGCUCUGGUCACUAAUCCUAAAAACCUAAGAUCCAUCACGGACAUAUUUAUU